AUGUCGGACAACAUACCGGACGAACUGGUGAUGGAAAUUCUGGGAAGACUACCAGUGAGAACUCUUCUUCGAUUCAGGUGCGUAUGUAAAUCUUGGUGUUCUCUGAUCAGUAGUGAAAAUUUUGUUACCUUCUGGUUCAAUCAGACAAAACGCAGCGUGAACAACAUGAACAACCUUCUCCUCAAGCACUACACUUUACAUGAUAAACCUCAUAAACAAGAACAUUUUUCUUUGCAUCUCGAUGAUGAAUCAUUCACUGAGUACCCUUUGAAUAAAGGAAGUCGUCCAGUCGCAAGAUUUGACCAUUUAACCGUGGUUGGUUCUUGCAAUGGCAUGGUAUGCGUUGCUGAGGAUCAUACUUUAUAUUUGUGGAAUCCCAGUGUUAGGAAAUUUGUUGUACUCCCAAGACCUCUCAAAAUUUUACAUAACAAACUUUAUUAUGUGCUUGCUCUUGGACUCGGAUUCGAUUCCACAACUAAUGACUAUAAGGUGGUUAGAAUUGUUUAUUUAUCUGGUGGUUACCUAUCUGUUGACAGAGAGGUUGACAUUUAUUCUCUUAAAGAGGGUGGUUGGAGAAGGAUUAGUGCUAUUAGUGGUUCUUGUUGGGUACCUCGUAUUGAUUGUGAGAAAUCUCAAGCCUACCUCAAUGGGGCUAUCCAUUGGGUUACAGGCUGGAGUCAUAAUUCGUUUAUUGUUUUAUUCAAUUUGAGCACGGAAGUAUUCUAUAAGAUUGAGCUACCAACAAGUCUAGGUCAUAUAAGAGAAGCACAUAGCUUGUCUCUUGGGGUGUUUCAAGACUCACUUUGUGUGUUCCAAAGUGAUACUUAG